GAGCCAACCAACAAACCUUACCAAACCAGGCAAGCCGCCGCACACGAGCGGAGCGUGCCAAAUCGGAAGCGCGAAAACCCUCCCCAAGGAUCCCGCGGCGCGCGAAGCGAAACCCCCACGGGCAGCACUUGCGAGCGCGGCGGGGCACCCGCCGCCGCACUGCGGAGGUCCUCCAGCCCUCGAUUCCGGCGGGUUUCUCAAGGAAUCUGCGGGUUCCGCGGCGGGAUUUCGCGGGGCCUCGUGUUCUGGUGGACGAGACGAUGGUGGGGUUCGCGGGGAAGAGGAAGGAGCUGGAGCAGGUGGUCGAUGGCCUCUCCGACUUCUCCCUCUCCGGCCCCGCCUCCAAGAGCCGCAGAUUGGACCCUGGGCUCCCACCAAUUAUGGAAGAAGAACCACCAGCUCCUUCCAUCUCAUUCCAGAUGCUGGGAGAGAAAAUCAAUAGUGAUGUUAACAUGCCCAGUGUGAUGGAAGGUUCAAUGUCACAUCAUGUGCCUAGUGAGGACAUGGCACUUGUUUUAUACAAACCAGUAGAUAACCCUGGCAUUUCAAGCUCAUCAUUCAUAGUCAGUUCAGACUUGAUUCGUGGUCUAAAAAACCAUGCUUUCAAUCAAGCGAAUUAUCUUGAGCUGGAGGCCGAAUCUCCGGGGCGUAGCAACAGCUUGGCUUUAGUUCCUUGGAAACCACCACAAAUGCCUAUAAGAUCUGACUGGGUUGCCUCUGAGCCAGAGAGCGAACAGACUUUUGAAGUGCCUAUGGAGGCCGAUGAGUGUGAAGUAACUUCUAUGGAUUUCGAGGAAGCGCCUGAAGCAACUGCUGGGGGUUUCGAUGGCGAGAAUAUUCACCAGUGGCAACAUUGUAUGACCCUGCCGUCAUUACCAAAUCCAUCAGCCCAUGUUAUGUGGUCAAGGUGACAGCCGGGAGGCCCUGUAUACUGUGAUUUUAGGAAUCCUCUAAUGGGCCUCCACCAGCUGUCUAGGAAGUGACUGGCUACUUUAGAUCAUAUGAUAACAAAACAACAUAUUGAGUAUGCAUAGCAUGAUACCUCCUGGUGUAUGCUGAUCUUCCCACCUUCCGGUGCAGUGUUGGUAGACUACUUGUUACAGGUGAACCUUGUUAGGUUGACAUCCAACUAGUUGUUUAACACGUUGGAGUUGGCAUCUUCUGGUCUAUAACUUCUAAUGAUAUUUUUUGAGCUGAAGCUUUUUAUGGCAUUAUAAGGCUUCUGAGAU